CUGCAGACCCCAAGCUGUGACGAUCAACAAACAAGAGGAAGCAGGAUGUUGUGCCCCAGCGUCUUCCAGCCGUCCGCCGCCCUGAGGCCCUUCAUGGACGCUCGCUGGCCCGUCCGCAGCCUGUGGCCCGAGACCAGGCCUCUCUUCUACCACAUCGAGCAAGAGAUGCUGCGCCACGUGCAGGAGAUGAGGCAGAACAUGGAGUACAUGGAGAGGCUGCACCAGAAGAUCUUCGAGGAAAUCGACCAGACCCCGGCGACGGCCACCUUCAGGCCCAUCGCCUUCCACCAGCUGAGACCCGACGGAGGCAGCUUUGCGCUCAGCCUGGAGACCCAAGAGUUCUCCCCGGAGGAGCUGUCCGUCAAGCAGGUGGGCCGGAAGCUGAGGGUGAGCGGAAAGACGGAGAAGAAGCAGGAAGACGGGAAAGGCUCCUACUCGUACAGGUGUCAGGAGUUCAGGCAGGAGUUGGACCUGCCGGACGGCGUGGACCCCGAGACGGUCAGCUGCUCGCUCGUUGGGGGGCGGCUGCAGAUCCAGGCGCCGCGGGAGAAAGCGGCCGGGGACGGGAAGGAGCGAGUGGUGCCCAUCGACGUCGCCUCGACGCCGGCCGUCGAGGCGGCCUCCGCCUCGUCCUCCGAGGUCAACGGCCCCUCUUCCGCAGAGAACUGAUGCACGCAAUCUCUGCAGUUUGCAUAAUCUCACGGACAGAACAUGCUUCGGAACAAGCUUUUUAUUUUCUGAUGUUUUAGCCAAGAAUUAUGAAUCAUGUCAACAAUUAAAAAAAAAAAAAAAAAGAAAAUAGCACCGAGUCACAUUCUAUUUCCAGCAAUCGCCGAGAACAUUCUUUUUAGGCAUGCCACAGCACUGUCAAGUUAUUUUGAAGUGUGGGCUCAGUAGCACAAUAAAAGUGCUUUCUAUUGUUCUG